UGCCUUUCUCGAUUCCCCGUGCCAUGCAAAAAUGCAAUGCAUUCACUGUUCAUUCCCAUUCCCAUAUAAAUGACGGCUCAUGGGUUCGGGUUAGUGUAUUAAAGUUCUCUGCUGCCUUGGAAUACAGAAUGUUUCCAUGCAGGUUACCAUUCAUUAACGUGUUCAGAGGGCUCAGCAUUGAUGAUUAGUAUUGAAAGUCCCGCGGUAGUUGAAGUGGGUUGGUUAUCCCCUAUUUAUAGGGUACCCAUUUGGCUUUUUUAUGUAUUGGGUUUCUUCAUUUUCGGCCUUGUAUUGGGUGGUAGUACAGUUUCUUUUACUUGUCUAUGUUAAUUGUGGUGUAGUAAGCACUUUUCCUGCUCAAUCUUACAAGACAAGUGCUUAACCAUGGUUUUCAACUUGCUGUCCAUCCAGUAAGUAAGCACAUUGAUAAGCAGUUGACAGACUAUUGCUAUGUUGUGUUUAAGCUCAAGUAAGUACCUGGACUAGUUUUUUUCAUCUGAAUGUUCAUUUCAUUCAUACUUCUUAGUUUUGGCUUCCGUUCUGCUCUGACAAUGAAGAUUUCUACUUAAGUCGAAUCAUGUUUUACUACUCUGGAUGCUAGUCUUGAUCGGGAACCUUCUAACCUGUGCCUUCAUUUUCCAUCCAUUGCCCUAUAGUGAAGCUCCUUUGUCCACCAAUCACACUGUCCCCUAGUGCUUGUUCUUGUUUUGCAGCCAGGGCUGAUUUUUCUUAUGCAUUUUGUACUUGUUUAGGUUCCAUGAGCACAAGUACCACUAAUUUUGCGUACAAAAACCCAAUUUGAUAGCCUUCUCCCUGUUUUGAUCAGCAAAGCAAACCUAUACUGUUUCUUGCUCUAGUUUUGCACCCAAUAGAUUGUCUUUCCCUUAUCUUUUCAGUGUUUUUGGAUAGCUAUGGAGUUAUGGACAUCAAUGGCUUCUGUGAUGGGUGUUCUGGCCUUUAGCCAGACACUCAUACAGGCAGUACUUCCCCCUGAGCUUCGUUAUGCUUUAAGCAAAUUCAUCCAUCAUAUCCUCCGAUGGUUCUCAGCCUAUAGUUACUUUGACAUCAUGGAAGUAGAAGGUGUCAACACCAAUGAGCUUUAUAGUGCUGUGCAACUUCACCUAAGCAACUCUCCAUCCAUUUCCGCAACUAGAGUUAAUCUCAGCAGGGCUAAAAACUCAAGCUCUUUCUCUUUCAGUCUUGCCAACAAUGAUAAGAUUGUUGACAAGUACAAAGGGGUUACCAUCUGGUGGGAGCACAGUGUAACCCAGAGACAGAACCAGGCAUUUUCAUGGAGGCCACUCCCAGAGGAGAAGAGAGGGUUUGUUUUAUGCAUUCACAAGAAGGAUACAGAGCGUGUCUUGAAUUCGUAUCUGGAACACAUCAUGGAGCACGCUUCACAGAUCAGGAGAAAGAAUCAAGACCGCUUGUUGUACACAAAUUCUAAAGGAGGAGGUAUGGAUUCCAGAGCUCAACCUUGGGAAUCAGUGCCCUUCAAGCAUCCAAGCACAUUUGAUACUCUGGCACUAGACCCAGUUAGGAAAUCAGAGAUCAUUGCAGACCUUGAGGCCUUUGCCACAGGGAAGGAAUUCUAUCAGAAUACUGGAAGAGCCUGGAAAAGAGGCUAUCUGCUUUAUGGACCUCCAGGAACAGGUAAAUCUAGCAUGAUUGCAGCUAUGGCUAAUCACUUGUGCUAUGAUGUAUAUGACCUUGAACUUACAGAGGUCCAUACAAAUGCAGAGCUAAGGAAACUCUUAAUCAAGACUACUAACAAGUCUAUCAUUGUCAUUGAGGAUAUUGAUUGCUCCCUCAAUCUCUCUGACCGUUCCAAAAGGCCUUGCAGGUUAGAGGGUAGAGCAGAGUCCCCAAUCUAUAGAUCUGAUGAUAACAACAAUUCCAUUACUCUCUCUGGAUUGCUGAAUUUCACUGAUGGGCUAUGGUCAUGCUGUGGUAGUGAAAGAAUAUUUGUCUUCACCACUAAUCAUAUAGAGAAGCUGGACCCUGCAUUGUUAAGGUCUGGUAGGAUGGAUAUGCACAUCUUAAUGUCAUUCUGCACAUUCCCUGCCCUGAAAAUUCUAGUUAGGAACUAUCUUGGCCUUGAAAAGCAUGAACUGUUCCUAAAACUGGAGCAGAUUAUUCAGGAUGCCCAGAUGACACCUGCAGAUGUCAGUGAAAUCCUCAUAAAGUAUCAUCUCAAUCCAACAAGAGCUCUGGAAGAGUUGUUUGAAGCAUUCAAGGCUGCAAAGGAGAGACCUCCUCAUGGAUCUUCUUUUACCAGGGAAGAAAACCCAAUUGAGGAGUAUGAGGAGCAAGAAAAGAGAGCUCUGGAUACUCCUCAGAAGAUUGAUAAAGAAGAAUCAUUGGGUUUUGGUAAAGUAUUGUCUGAAACAUUUGAGUGCUACAAAGCAAGCCAAAUUGCUAAGGAUAAAGCUGCAGAUGCAGAGAAACUAGCAAAGAGUAAUUAUCUCUCUGAAGAGGAAAGGAAGAGUGGAGAUAUAAAGAUGCAGAAGAAAUCUGAAUGUAUUGAAUAGUUUGUCAUGAUCCAGCUGAUUUAGUAGCGUGUUGAAGUUCUACUGUAAGCACAAUUUUUGUAGUCCACUUUUUGCUCAGGCUAGAUCCUUGCUUUUGUUUUAUCUUCUUCUAUUUAUGCAUUGAAAUUUAUGUUCUUAUAUUUUAAUGUUUUUAA